AUGGGGGUCCCAAAAUUAUGGGAUCUGAUCAAGGAUACGGCUGAGACGCGUCCCUUAAUGCAUCUAGCUGUGGUGGAUGGGUUCGAAAAGAAUAUCAAUGGGGAACGUGGCCGAGAAGGGGAAAAUCCAGAACUCAGACUGGUGUUCUUUCGUCUCGCCAAACUCCUGGCUCAGCCCAUCCUACCAUUGUUUGUAUUCGAUGGGGGACGUAGGCCUGCGUGGAAGCGCAACAAAGAGAUAUCCCGGAAGCCUCACUGGAUGGUACAAGGCGUCAAAGACAUGAUUUUAGCUUUUGGAUUUGAGUUUGUGAGCUGGGCAACAAGAACUGUGAAGUGCAGCGGAGAAGCGGAAGCAGAACUAGCCUACCUCAAUCAAAUCGGGGAAAUUGAUGCCGUUUUGUCGGACGAUGUAGACAACUUUUUGUUUGGCGCCAAGAUCGUGAUCCGAAAGUACGUUACUUGCGUGCCCCCGGGAGAGGCCUUAAAUCCUGCUCUCAAUUCUCAAGGGAAGGACGAUGGGUACCAUGUGCGGAUAUUCAACGCGGAUGUUCUCGCGAGCGAUCCAGAUCUUCGAUUAACAAGAGCUGGCUUUGAUCGUUUGGAAGGAUCAGCUGUGGAUGGCUGCGGCGUUGACACGGCGCAUGCUCUGGCAAAAUGCGGAUUUGGGGAUUCUGUUUUGGACGCCUUUGCAUCCCUCACACCCGUGAGAUUCCAGGCAUUUCUUGACACUUGGAGAGAGGAUCUUCGCACGGAGCUUCACACAUUCCCAAACCUGGAUGUCGUGACGGCAUACGCUUCACCUGUCACCUCGGAAUCUACCUCAAAUGGCUGCCCAGCGCCAGAUCGAUGGUGCCGUGAGCACAGCCUUGCCCGACUCGCGACUUUUUGUGAGAGUAAAUUCGAGCGGGGAACUAAAACACAUAUCCAAAAGCGCUUCGCUAGCCUCCUUUGGGGUGGAGCCCUCAUUCGCAUCAUUCGACGAGCAGCCUUGGAUCUUGAUAACGGCGUUAGGGAAUCAGGACGACGUUUGGUAUUAUUUGAAACAUCCCAACCAGAGACUCCGAAAACUCCCGGGCCAAAAGGGACAGCGGUCACAGGCGAUAGCAUUGUCGAAACACCAUCUAAACUCAUUGCCUUGACCCUCGCUGGCAUCCGAGGAGACAGAGAGGAUAUAGAACACGAUAAUCUUCUCAGUAGUACUGAUGCAAGUCCCACUAUGAAUCACAAAUUGCCCCGGCGCACAGCCAAGGGGCUUCGUGUCUGGGUUCCCGCCUCCAUGCUAGAAUUGGUGGAACCCAACUUGGUAGCAACCUAUAAGGCUUCCCAGGCCCAAAAGGGAGCCAAAAAAAAAGUCAGGAAAAAAAUCUGGUGUGCGCAGCAAAUCCUCUGA